UGUGCUAUCCAGCUACAUGAAGGCAGGCUACCUUAUUUUAUUUCACAGACAAAGGUUUUCUUGGUAACGUGAUUGCUGAGGUUACCACACCCUCUCUGCAGAGGAGCACAAGCUGCUUUUUCUCCUGUCCUUUGUGAAGGUGUCUACACUGCAGUCACCAUUGCAGUAUUUCUUGGGGAGUGUGCGUCUCUUCUGAAAACACUGCUGCUCAAAAGCUGCAAACACGAGAAGUAAAUCCCAUCUGGUUGUCAAGUCAUUGACUCAGUGUGAAAGUGCUUUCAUGAGGUAACAUUGGGCCAAAGUCACCUUUUCUUUCUCCUUUGUGAAUCUGCAGCCAAGCAAUGGGCCAGAAAAUCUCAGGGAGCAUAAAGUCUGUGGAUGUGAGGGAGCCCCCUUACAGACCUGUUAAACGAGAGUUGAGGGGCCCUGACUUUUGCAAGCCUGCACGUCUGGACAUGCUACUGGAUAUGCCCCCUGCCAAACUGGAGGUGCAGUAUAAACAUGCUUGGAAUAAUGAAGAUCGCUCUUUAAAUAUAUUUGUAAAGGAAGAUGACAAACUCACUUUUCAUAGACAUCCAGUUGCCCAAAGCACAGAUUGUAUCCGGGGCAAAGUUGGCUACACCAGAGGUCUACAUGUCUGGCAAAUUCACUGGCCCACAAGGCAACGAGGAACACAUGCUGUGGUGGGUGUGUCAACAGCAGAAGCUCCCUUGCAUUCUGUAGGAUACACAUCGUUGGUUGGUAGCAAUAGUGAAUCCUGGGGCUGGGAUCUGGGACGGAACAAACUUUAUCACAAUUGUAAAAACCAACCUGGGGUGACAUAUCCUGUCUUUUUGGAACCGGAUGAGCCUUUUGUACUCCCAGACACCUUACUGGUGGUUUUGGAUAUGGAUGAAGGGACGCUUAGCUUCAUGGUAGAUGGACAGUAUCUUGGAGUGGCCUUCAGGGGACUGAAAGGGAAAAAAGUUUACCCUAUAGUCAGUGCGGUUUGGGGGCACUGUGAAAUUACCAUGAGAUACAUCAAUGGACUUGAUCGACAUUUUAAGGCUGCAUCAGCACAUCUUUACUCCCGAGUUCCUGGAUGCUUAAAGCGGAGCCCCUGCCUUUAAUGGACUUGUGCCGAAGAUCAAUUCGGUUUGCUCUUGGCAGAGACCGCCUGCAUGACAUAGAAUCUCUACCUUUGCCUCAGUCUCUGAAAAAUUAUUUACAGUAUCAGUAAGAAGCCUAGAACCCCUCUGGCCUCAUAUUGGACUAAAUCAAUGCAAAUGGCAGAUAUUAUUGUUUACAGCAAAAUAUAAAUCUUUGUGGCGGACACUUGAGUGUUAUUUAAUUUUUAAUAUAUAUAUUUUUUUUAAUCAACCACAGCAGAACCUUAAAGGGACUACUGAAGAAUGUGAAAAGAUUGAUCUGAUCUAGAUUUGUGUAUUAUCUGUUGCCUACUGUUUGCCAUCUUUUCAGAUAAUAUCGAAGGCUGAAUCCUCCUAGAUCAGUUGUCCACGUGGCAGAUGUUAGCUUACCUGUAUUGACUUCUGGUAAACACCAGCUGAACAUCUGGUCCCAAGAUUUAUCCUUGUACAGAAAAGCAUCCUUUCAGUAAUGUGAUUGCUGCAUAUUAGUGAAAGGAAUGACACCAUGUGAAAUUUUCAGUGUUUAAAAAAUAGGACUUCAUUUCCAGAGUUGCUAAGUGAUUUCGGCUCUCAAAUUUUAUCUGGAAUUCCGAGUUCUCAGUGCUUUAGAAAAUCAAGCUCACAAUGUGUUAGAGGGCCUGCCAUGAAAGAUUAUUGUAUAAAGCAGUAAUGCUUGAUUUAAAGCUAGAUGAGAGGAAAAGGUACUUUGUAAGUGUAUAUUGGAUAAAUGAGAUAAGGUAGUCAGUUUAGCCCAUUGAUUCCAAGAUCAAAUCUAGUCCCUCUAGAGUUCUGCUGUUUUUAACAACAAAAUGUUCACAAUCUCAAUUCUAGGAUAUUCACAUUUUACAAAACGUGUCACUUUUUAUUUGAACAAAUUUAUUUUUACAUUAUAUGAACUCUAAAUACUUGGUUUUCCUUUUAACCUAUGUGUGGGAUACUGUUUAUUUAUCUGUUUAGAGUCAGUAGAAUCCUCGCUUAACUGUUUUUCAUCUUGAAAGGACUAGUUGGUUUUUUUUUUCUCCUCUCCCCCUCACCCCACCUGAAACACUCAUUUUAUCAGGCUCAUCCCAUUUUAAAGAUGCUGCUCUUUAGUUGCAUUUCUUAUGUGUUCCAAGGUAAUCUGCCUGAUCAGUUAUCUAGUUUUUAAACUGGAAGUUGUUGUAAUGGCAGGAUGUCAGAUGUUUAAACUGAGCUGCCUUCAGCAUAUUUUAAUGUGAAUUUACUAAUGAAUGGGGAGAAAAUUUCUAAUAAAGUCUACU